AGGCGAGGCUCGGAUAGUGCUUCUAUAGAUUGCUUAAGAGUGUGACUUCAGUAACUGUACUGGUGAUUCAGAGUGAAUUUCCACGGGAGAUUUUAUACUCGCCUGCAAUUGGCACGCUUCUUUCACUCUCGGAUCUAUUAAACACACCGUCUUUGAGUUUUAAACAACGGCUCGUGGACUGGGAGAUAUAACAAUUAAGACCCAAAAAGUUACAAUCAAAAUGUGUGACUUCAUGAGAGAUCAGGAAGCCCCUGUAGCUUUGGAAUCCCGAGGCAUACUUAAGCGUCAAUCAGCAUUUGACGUGCACGAACCGUUUGAUACCACCGUUGAUGGGUUCUUGUCACAUUUCGACGAAGAGCAAAGUGUGCAGGAAGUUCCAACUGGCAUGUCUGCCUUACUAAAUGAUGUUGGAACCAAUGAAGUUCCACUCCUAACACCUGUCAGCAAGGCCGUCAUGAGCCAGGCACUCAAAGAGAGCUUCAGUGGUUUCGUCAAAGAGAGCCGACGCCUCGGCAUCCCGAAAGACCCUCAUGUUUGGACUGAACAGCAAGUUGGUCAGUGGCUACACUGGGCUGUCAAUGAGUUCAGUCUGCAGAAUGUCAACUUCCAAAAAUUCUACAAGACUGGUCGAGUUCUGUGUGACCUUGGGAAAGAACGUUUUCUCGAGCUGGCACCUGACUUCAUUGGAGAUAUUCUCUGGGAACACCUGGAACAGCUAAUGAAAGAUUGCCAGGAAGCAUCACAGCAGAACUAUCUGGGGAACUCUGCUCUUAUCAGUGGAAACUCAAACUGGGUGGAAAAUAAUUCAUUUGAAUUCAAUUCGAAUCAACUUCAGUGUGGGAACCUGUUCUCUGAUUUUACUGGAAGCUUCCUCUCUGAAUUGCAUCAAAUUUCAUCAGAUUCAAACAACCAGGAUUUUCUUGGCUUGAACCACAGUUUUGGAAUCCUUGCCAAUCCUCAAAUGGAUAAAGUUGAGAUGGGCUACUACUCCAUGCGACAGAAGGAAAUAACUGACAGCAACUUGCAUGUGGGAGUCAUUGUCCCUGUUGAGAGCAGAACCCAGAGUUCCUUUGAAAGUGCAGACAGUUUUGAUGGCACAGACCCCCUGUUGAAAUCUUGGAACAGCCAGUCAUCUUUAUGUGAUGUGCAGCGUGUCCCUUCGCAGGACAGUUUUGAAGAUGAUUGUACCCACUCCCUGUGUCCAAACAAACCCAAUAUCUCAUUCAAAGACUACAUCGAAGAGAGGAAAGAGCCACUGGAACAAGGGAAACCAGUCAUCCCUGCUGCAGUCCUUGCUGGACUCACAGGAAGCGGGCCCAUUCAACUUUGGCAAUUUCUCUUGGAACUACUGACAGAUAAAUCCUGCCAGACAUUUAUCAGCUGGACAGGGGAUGGAUGGGAGUUUAAACUGACUGACCCUGAUGAAGUCGCUCGUCGAUGGGGCAAGCGCAAGAACAAACCCAAAAUGAAUUAUGAAAAGCUGAGCCGAGGGCUGCGUUAUUACUAUGAUAAGAACAUCAUUCAUAAGACGUCGGGCAAGAGAUACGUCUACCGCUUUGUCUGUGACCUGCACAACUGGCUGGGUUACACCGCAGAGGAGCUUCAUGCACAGCUGGGCGUGCAGCCGGACACAGAGGAUUGAAAUAUUUACUGCAUCUGUGGGGCUGAAGCUGCUAGCAGUGUGAAUGUGACGGGUGCUAGUCAAAUUUCACUCUGAACUGGUCCGAUGCGGUGAGAGAUGCAGUCAGUGGUUGCAUAAUGAGGAGUGGUACCACAGAGGCAUCUUGCUUUGCCAAAGACAAAACUGGUGACAAACAUUUUCCUGUACUCUUAACUAGUGGAGUUGUGCGGUAUUAACAAGUUGUAUCAUCAGUUUAGUUUAGCAAUGUGGUUUUAUCCUUCUGAUUGUGAAUUGCCAAAUUCUAAAACAAGCUUUAUUCUUAAUUGGGUGAGCUCUAGUUACAAGCCAUCCAGUGUCAGUGAGAACUUGUUUAAUGUGGCAUGGGUAAGGCUGAUUUUUCUAAAGUUUCAAACCAAAGAAAUUGCCAUAAAGUUGGAGGCUUUUGUUUGUAUGCGCAGCUCACUCCUACUCCCAGGUGCACAGUGCCUGCCCUUUCACCUUUCACCUGUAACCAAUCAAUAUUUCUGUCACAUAAAACUGAUCAGGAUUUCUGUGUUACAGAUCAGCUUAGCAUAGAUACAGUUUGCUAGACUUGUACAAGAUAUUUGGGCCCACAAAAAUGUUGGUAGUUUGCAGACGAUGCUGCAUUCUCCUUUGUUUAUUACUUCACUAAAUGAAGCAGUUGCUCAAGGUCAGUUUCUGCCAAACAAAAUGGAAGUAUUAAACUGUGACCUAGCAAUUAUCUGGAAAUAUUUUGAAAACAUAAGAUUUACCCAGGUCUCUUUAUCUAUUCCAAUAAUGGUUUGUAAACCCAACCAGAUUGCCUAUCUGGUUUUUUCAUAUGCCUAUUGUUUAAAAUGGGAGUGCUUCUCUAAAAUAGCAAUUUUAUUAGAUACGUGAUAGGUAUCUUUUUUUUAAAUCAAAGAUUAAAUAUUGCUACACAAUAAAAGUAUCUGGCAGCUGUUUCCUAUCACACAACUUAUCGGUCAUUGCUGCCAAGGUUAGGGCAUUGUGCAAGGCUGCUGCAAAGCUUCAAGCCUUUGAAGUUUACACAAUUGUAAGGAUUUCAGGAAGUAGUGAGAAGGCAGUAGCACUCAUAGGAUGUCAUGAAAUUAUUGUUUUUCGUCCUGUGCAUUCUAAAGCUUCUGUAAAUAUUUCAUAACAAUAGCUUGCUAAUAGGGAUGCAGCAAAUAUUUUUGAUACCUCUUCAGCACUUUGAGCAUAUUUCCCUUUAAUUCUAUUGGUUAUUCAAUGGAAAAUACAGUCAACUUGUGUAUGACUGGGUCAUGAUAUUCAAGUUGAUUCCAGGACAUAGAUACUCAUUCAAUGGAAGUGAUCUUUAAUUAACAAAAAAAUGAUUUAAAAUGAAUGUAAAGUGUUUUUUUUGUAUGCUAUCCCCUGUAACACCUCCAACCUGUUACAUAUUUGCAAAGAAAAAGCAUCUAUCCAACCCGAAGAUGUCGAUUAGCCACUGUAUUGCUUUAAUUCAAAAACAAUUUCUGCAUGCCAGUUUACUUUGAGACAGGAUAAAAGGGGAUUAAUUUUUUUACAUAAGUUAUAACCCUCCUCGGGGCUGAUGUUGCAGCUGGUCAUCUGCAUUGAAUUUCAAAUUUGUUUUAAAUUGAAUGAGCUAGGAAAGUAUUUUUAAUACCAUUAGGGCUUUCUGAAUGCAGAACAAUGUACAGUUUUUGUAUAGCAACAUGAAUUUGUAUCAUUUAUUUGUAUAAAUGGUUGUGGUUUUGAUAUAUUUUUGAAAUAAAUCAAUUUUC